AUAUAAAUUAUCAUGAUGGUGAUGAUUGAAUGACUUCAAUAACGAUAUCGUUUUGAUUUCAUUGCGGAUUUUUUUUUUAUUUAUUUUAUUUUAACCUCUGCACAGCCUAAUGUUGGUGGUCUUUCGUUCGAAUUAAAUACGCAUUUCUUUUCCAUUUUCUGUUUUGAUUAGAUUUGUUUAAAUUUUCAUCCGAAAAAAAUGUUUUAUUUAAAAUAUUCAUUAUUAUUAUUAUUGUUUGGUACAACAAUUACAUUGAUUAAUUGUCUAAGCUAUAGAGAAUUAUUUCAACAAGAAUGGAAUACCUAUAAAGAUUAUCAUCGUAAAUCUUAUGAUUCAAAUGAAGAUGAAUUCCGUUUCCGUGUAUUUAUGGAGAAUAAACAUUUUAUUGCUAAACAUAAUCAAAAAGCAUCCCGUGGUGAAAAAAAUUUUACACUUGCUUUAAAUGAAUUUGCUGAUCUAAUGCAUCAUGAAUUUGUUAAUAUAAUGAAUGGCUAUAAAUAUGAUGAAUCAAGACGUUCGAAAAAUGAUGCUAGCCUUUUUCUAAGUCCACAUAAUAUUCAAGCACCAAAUGAAGUUGAUUGGCGUAAACAUAAUCUGGUCACACCAGUCAAAAAUCAAGGCCAUUGUGGUUCAUGUUGGUCAUUUAGUGCCACUGGUGCUUUGGAAGGUCAACAUGCUCGUAAAAGUGGUCAUUUAGUUUCAUUGAGUGAACAAAAUCUUGUCGAUUGUUCAGCUAAAUAUGGUAAUAAUGGCUGUAAUGGUGGCUUAAUGGAUUAUGCAUUUCAAUACAUCAAAUCAAAUCAUGGUAUUGAUACGGAAAAAAGUUAUCCAUAUGAAGGAAAAGUUGGUCAAUGUCGUUAUACAAAACGUACUGUUGGUGCAACCGAUACUGGUUUUGUUGACAUACCCGAAGGAGAUGAAAAAAAAUUAAAAGAAGCCUUAGCAACUGUUGGACCAAUAUCAAUCGCUAUUGAUGCAUCACAACCAUCAUUUCAAUUUUAUAAUGAAGGCGUUUAUGAUGAACCAGAAUGUUCAUCAACCGAAUUAGAUCAUGGUGUAUUAGUUGUUGGUUAUGGUGUUGAUGAAAGUACUGGACAAGAAUAUUGGUUAGUCAAAAAUAGUUGGGGUGUUGGAUGGGGUGAAAAUGGUUAUAUUAAAAUGUCACGAAAUAAAAACAAUCAAUGCGGUAUUGCAACAGCUGCAAGCUAUCCAUUGGUCUAAAUAUCCAUAUCCAUAUUAUUUGUUUUCUUUCGUAUUUUAGAAAAAUUUAUAUAAUAAAUAAUAAACAAGAGAAAAUCAUAAA